AUGGGUCAAGAGCUGUGUGCAAAGAGCCGGCAGCCAGGAUGCAGUUGCUACCACCGUUCGGAGGGAGGCGAGGCGCACAGCUGUCAGAGGAGCCAGCCUGGAAGCACCUCGGAGCCUGCUGUAUUUGAGCUAACAGACCUAAAAGAAGCAUCAUGUUCCUCGGCUUCAUUUCACCCCAGGGGACUCCAGGCUGCCAGAGUCCAGAAGUUGGAGAGUAAAAGGCCACGGAGUAACAGUGAUUCUUUUCAGGAAGAGAAUCUGAGGCAGGGGGUGCCAUGGAAGAAGAGCUUCCCUUUUGGGGCAGCCUCAUCUUACUUGAACUUGGAGAAGCUGGGUGAAGGUUCUUAUGCCACAGUUUACAAGGGCAUCAGCAGGAUAAAUGGACAACUGGUAGCUCUAAAAGUCAUCAGCAUGAACGCAGAGGAGGGAGUCCCUUUCACAGCCAUCCGGGAAGCGUCUCUCCUGAAGGGCUUGAAGCACGCCAAUAUUGUCCUCUUGCAUGACAUUGUUCACACCAAAGAGACUCUGACAUUCGUGUUUGAAUACAUGCAUACGGACCUGGCCCAGUACAUGUCUCAGCAUCCCGGAGGGCUUCAUCCUCACAAUGUCAGGCUUUUCAUGUUUCAACUUCUGCGGGGCCUGGCAUACAUCCACCACCAGCGUGUUCUCCACAGGGACCUGAAACCUCAGAACUUGCUCCUCAGUCACCUGGGAGAGCUCAAACUGGCUGAUUUUGGUCUUGCUCGAGCCAAGUCCAUUCCCAGCCAGACAUACUCUUCAGAAGUGGUGACACUCUGGUACCGGCCACCUGACGCUUUGCUGGGAGCCACCGAGUACUCCUCUGAGCUAGACAUAUGGGGCGCAGGCUGCAUCUUUAUCGAAAUGUUCCAGGGCCAACCUCUGUUUCCUGGGGUAUCCAACAUCCUUGAACAACUGGAGAAGAUCUGGGAGGUACUGGGAGUCCCUACGGAGGACACCUGGCCUGGGGUCUCCAAGCUGCCUAACUACAAUCCAGAAUGGUUCCCGCCACCUGAACCCCAGAGCCUGCAGACUGUCUGGAACAGGCUGGGUGGGGUUCCUGAAGCUGAAGACUUGGCCUCCCAGAUGCUAAAAGGCUUCCCCAGGGACCGUGUCUCAGCCCAAGAAGCACUCGUUCAUGAUUAUUUCAGUGUCCUGCCAUCCCAGCUGUACCAGCUUCCUGAUGAGGAGUCUCUCUUUGCAGUUUCCGGAGUGGAGCUAAAGCCAGAAAUGUGUGACCUUUCUGCCUCCUACAGGAAGGGACACCUCCUAGCCGGGGUUAACAAAUGUUGGUGAAAAGAAAAGGUGAGGUCAUCUACGUCUUUGCAGACCUGUAGCCAUUUGGUUUCCUGUGUCUGCUUACUAAGAAGCUUCGUGCCCUCAUUCAUACUGGAUCAGAGAUCUGUGUUCUCUCUCGCUGCCUGGAAUGUUUAAAAAUGUUGAAGGCAACGGUACAACACACAAAGAGAGUGCAAUGGAAGGUUAUUGCUGUUAUUGUUGCCUUAAAGAAAGAAAAGACAUAAACUGAGGUGACGUGAAAAGAGCUAGCUCUUCAGAACAGUUUCAACCAUUUUGAUGAGUCCCUGGGCCCAAAACUCUAUUUCUUUAUGGGACAGACUGGGAGACAGACAACUGGGAAGUUCUAGAGCCGGAGCUGGUAAUUGCUGAGGUCUGCCAUGCUUGUAUUCCCUUACAGUCCAGCCCACCCCCACCCCCGCCCCAACUGAAAGACUUCUGUGGCGUGGAGGGGAUUAGUCUGGCUUAGGGAGGUCUGUAGGAACGUGGUCCCUUGGAUAAAGUUGUCAACAAAUGGACUUGCUUGGGACUAUUUGUGAUGAUUCCAGGGUUCACUCUUCCUCCUCCAGUGGCUAUCACAGUGUUUACUGCUUAAGUACACCCAGAUUUCGGGAGUUCAAACUGGGCUGCCGGCUAGAGUUGAGUUUCAGCUCUCACCUGCUACCGAGUCCUAAUUGUCUUCAGAGAUGGCAAAAGCGACAAGGAACCUAAGCUCCCACUGAUGAUGGAGAUACUGGAGCUCCAGAGAUGCAAUUCAAUCGUGGGGCACCACCAGGCACAUGUGCACACAGAGACCCCUCAGCAGGAGAUCCGCCCGGCUGAUACACUCGUCCACUAAAGGAAGCUUGGGAAACUCAAAUUACUUCAUCAAGGGAUCAUCUCAGGCAAUAUAGUAGCCUAGAAACCAGAGACCACUAUGUAUCCUUUAGGAGGACGAACCAAUUAAGAGAGAAUUUAAAAAUGGUAACUAUCCACCCAGUGUCUGAGAUGAAAGAAGGGGGGAAAAAUGCAUGCAGAUAAUCCUCCAGAAAGCCGUCUUUGUGUAUAUGAGCAAGCCAUUGGACAAAACCUGCCCACUGCACCUGCAAGGUGAAGUGUGUGGGCUGGGUGGGGGCUGACAGGGUGUGUGUGUGCGCAGAGAACAGAUCGUAUUCAACCUAGCAAGAUGCCAGUGCGGAUAUGGUGUGGGAUUCAGACCUGUUCCGGUCAAGGAUUUUCAGUGACUACUUGAAUAAAUCAGAGAAAAUGCAUACCUUAUUCUUACAACUCACUGAAAUAACUACUAUUAUUAUUCCACCGUAUAAGCGUGGUCACGGAGGCUCUGAGAAGUUAAGUAAUUUCUCUAAGGCGCCAUCCCAGGGUUCAAAUGGAAAUUUCGAGGCUUGCUGUGUCCAGCGUCUGAGAUCUUUCCGGUAAUCACGUCUCUAUCGGAUUUGUAGACCAUUCUUCUGUUGAAGAGGCAGCUGAUGUUUCCCAUUGGAUCAUGAUUCGGGGGAUGCAGACCCGGAUAAUCAGCAGCAAGUCAAAACAAUGCUUACUCCCGUCAGGUUUUAAUCUGAUUUAAAUUCUUACACGUUGGGUUUUAAAUGCCCGCAACUUAAGUAAGGCUGUGUGACUUAGUGGGAAGUGGUGCUUUUAAGUAUGAGGUGAAUUAAUUACGUAAUCUAGCUGCCCCCAACAGAUAAUGCUAAUCCCUUCAGGCUACAGAAAUGAAAGAUUAAGACCAUGCCGCACAAGAGGAAAAACCGCUUAGCCACUUCUGAUCCGGGCACAUUUAAAUCAUUAAGCUCAACUCCACAUAUCACAUACCACACUUUAAAGGAAGCAGUCUACGAAAUAGAUGUUUAUUGAGCACCUUUUAGUUUGUGGAUCUAAUCUUGUGUAAUCUUCUUAACAACGCUAAGACAUAGUCAAGUGUACAGAGAACACUCAGUAUCAGAUGUAAGUCGCUAGGGUUUGAUGUACAAACUCUGUCCCCAAAGCCUGUUCUUCCCCAACACAUGUCCAACUCUGCUGCAUGCUCCAAGGUGGGCCACCAGGAAGAGCAAGGCAUGCGGGACAAGCUGCUGUAAGGGAAAACCCAGGAGCCAGAGACCCUCCUUCCAGUGGUCACAAGGCAAAGGGGCUGGUGGGCCACUGCACGGAUCGCUGCUGCUCUGGGUGGGUGGACCAGGAAGCCUCUCUAAACUCUCGCCGGCCCAUGCGCAUAGACAGAGUCCCCGCCACAGAGGUGGCUUCCUCUGCCUUCUGGACGGUAAGGAGGGCAAUAAGCCAAGGUUCCUAGGUGGAAGUAAGGAUUCUUGCAGAUUCUCGAACAUGGCCUCAAAAUGUCUGUGACAGACUGGCUGCAUUGGGGUGUCUAUACGGUCCUGUAGCUGCAGAACAGACUUGUUUUAUUAUCUAUGAAGCACUUUUUUUUUUUUUUAGUUAAAUGAACAAAUUAUCUUCUUUCGCCAUGAGGUGGUGAUGUACACCUUUAAUCCCAGCACUCAGGAGGCAGAAGCAGGCAGAUCUGUGAGUUCGAGGCCAGCCUGGUCUACAGAGUGAGUUCCAGGGCAGCCAAGGCUUCACAGAGAAACCCUGUCUCAAAACAAAAGACGAACAAUUAUCAUCUUUAAUUUUAAGUGGAAGACAAAUUAUCUAUGUACUUUUUUUCUCUCUCUUUCUUUCAAUGGGUCUGCCUAUUGGAAAGAUAAAUAAAAAUUAUGCAUAUGUCUCUAAAA